AUGUGUCAAUGGAGGUGUUUGUGCGUGGGCCAGACAGGUACGUUACAGAGCAGUAGGCGUCGUGAGGGGAAAUCCUCGAUUCCACCAGGGUAUCAGCUUUUUGAAGAUGCACGAGGGCUUGCAGAGCAAGAUGUGUUUUUUAUCAAUCAAUGGAAGGAAUUUGGACAGAAGGAUACGGUUCCAUAUCGUACAAAAGGAAGACUCGAAGCAGCUCUUAAACGGGUAGAGGAGGAAGAAAUAAGGCGGGCAAUCGCUGCAACUGUGAUUUUGGAUGAGAGGGUUUACCGGUCGGUGUUGAAUGCAACGUAG